UUCCAAAUUCCCAUUACCGUGAAGAGGAAAGUGGAAACGGGCGAAUCAGAAGGGAGGGUUGGGGAAGCAAAGUUUCUCUGGCCUUCUCACGGCUUCACUGGUUUUAAUAUUGCAGCCUAUGUGUUACUACAAAUAGCACAUAUUGUCACUUGCAGCUGUUGGGGAAAGAACGCUCUAACUGGUGGGUAAAAAUAGAUUUCUGAAUUUUUAUUUCCGUCAUAAAUAGAGUUUAAACAUUCGCCCUAAAUCCCUGUAUUAUUAGCAAAGGAUACAGGUAUAUUUCGUCUGGCUUUCGCUUGCUUAUUAUUGCGUUUGCAAUUCGUAGCACUAACAGAUGUUCGUGUGAAAAUUUCGCUGACUUUUCAUGUACGCAUUUUCGUUUCAUCAUAUUGCUAGCUUAAUAUAUGUAGUUUGUGUACUGAAUCGGAGGACGUUUACCUAAUUUCUACUAUAUAUUUAAAAGGAAUACAAAUUGGUUUAAAAUACCAAACGAGAGGUCGGAUUUUUAUGAGCGGGUACUCGAUGAGCUAGUUGCAUCCGCAGUUCGUAUUUUUAUAUUUAGAGUUUCCUUACGUUGGAUUUUCACUCUAAAUUUAGACACGUCCCGUACCAUGGCUCCAUGUUUAAUCGCGUGUGUGUAUCAUUAAAAGUGUAUCAUAAACCGUAGAAAUAUAUAGUUUAUUUUGCCAAACAUCGCAGACUUGGCAACGAGUAUAUAUUUAUGACAUCGUGUGCCCUGUGUUAUGAUCACAGUCGAUACUUUUGUUUGUGUAAAAUUAUCGUUAAUGUUCCUGUAUAAAAAGAGGCGAUUCUACUUUUAGAUGCUGAUAUUUUUAACUUCAUACAUGUAUUUUAGACUGGGUCAAAGGUUGACCAAUUCUUAUCGCGUAGUUCGUAGGCAAUAAGAUACAAAAUAUUUCGUUGGCUCGGCCAGUGUGUUAGUGUGUGAUUUUGAAUUCCUACUGUAGAUUUGUUCCUCAAAUUUCGCGUGCCAAACGUACAAUUGAUCUCGCGAACAGUUACAUUACUAUUAUAUUAAUGUAAUAAUUUAUUAUCGUACAAUAAAACACGUAUACUGUCGGAAACGAUUUACCACGAAACGGGUUUAUACAUUCGAUAUAAUUUAUUCUAAUUCGUUGGAACACGAAAUAAAAGCCGAGUGACUUGUACCUGGUCUAAACACCUAAUGUUUAUAUAAUAUUAUUCUAAUGGUUUUUGCAUACACGCGCUAAAAUACACAUUUGUAAAGCUUAGCCAAGAAGCAAUGUUUUAUUUUAAAGCGAUUUCGAGCAAAAGUCUGCAAGAAAAUUGCAGAAACGUCUGCUUUUCCCCACACAAAGUUCGAAUUCCGAAUGGACUGCUAUUACAUCAUUUUAUUAACACGUAAUAAUAUGAGCACAUGAGCUUACUCGUAUUAAUGGCAAAUGAUAGAUUUGUAAAGUUCACUUAACAAAUUCGGCUGUGUAUUUGAAAAUUAAAAGAUUUUGGAAGGUUUGUGGUACGGUAUAUUUUUUAAACACCCGGCUGUAUUAAUUUCUCCCACGAGUCGAAAUGAAAUCCGUCAAGUAAAUUUUGACAUAUCGCAUUUUUUGAUCGACAUAGAAUGUUUGUCUAAUUGUAAACAUCGUCUAUUCCUUAUACAGGACUGUUGUUUAAAGAAAUCCGCUUCGAGUUCGCGUGUUAAAUUUUGGUGUGCAGAAAUGGGAAGGAAAAAGAUACAAAUAUCACGAAUAGGCGACGAGCGGAAUAGGCAGGUAGGUAUUGAGUUAAAUGUCUAUUUUUAUGCACUGAUAAUCUUUGGAACAAAAUUUGCUCUUUCGCAUCCAAGCCUUGAGAAUGUCGUGUGCUGUUACAUCUUUUUUACGCUGCAUUUCAACAGCCUUAUUAUAGAGUGCUUUUAUUUUGGGUAUGUUUCUAUAUUCUGCCUCGCGUUGGUUCAAAAUAGACUCGCGUUAAAUUUUAGGCACUUCGGUCGUAUUUUUAUCACUGGCUAAAGUAAAUACAAGGCUAUUUUUGUGUCGAAUUGAUCAGACACGCAUACUGUACUUUAGGGGAAUGGCGAAUUAGAAAUAUAGUUAUACGCCGGUUGGCCUUUUACAGGCUGUGGAUAAAUAUUCAGAUGUUUUUUUUUAACAAUUUUGCGGUAUGUUUGAAAUAUUGUGUGUGCUCUUUCGCAUAAGGGUUGAACUCGAGUGGCUGCGGUAUUUUAAUAUUAAUAAAUAAAGUUGGGUAUAUUUGUUUUUCCAACUUCUUUACUCGCUACUCGCAACUUUUAUAAGCAAAUGUUAUUAGGCUGUUAUUAAAUCGUAGGCGAAUACACGAAAUAGUGUAUACGCUUAUCAUUUUGCUAAAUUUCUUUGGGCUAUUAUUUAAAAUCAUUCAAGUAUAUCAGGGCAAUAUAUUUCAUUAAGCUGUUACUGUCUCAUAACAAUAUAUUAACUCUACGGGCAUCGCACACACGCUAACCAAAAUGAUUGUGUAACAUCAGUUCGAACUCAUAGACCUUGGGAAUUUUUACGCGAGACAACUUUGUAGUGUUUUCUGUCAUCUGUGCGGGUCUGAAGUGCUCCGCCUUCAUAUUCUAAUGUUUACGCCACGGAAGCCACCUGUACACAUAUUAGAAGUUGAUUUCACAAAGUCUAUUUGAUUUUUGCGCGCGCCAAUCGCGUUGAUAAUGUACACAUGGUGUAUUAAAUUGGACUAAUCAAUUAAUUUUUGGGAAUCUCGCAGCGAAACGCAUUUUUAGGUUCAGAUUUUCAAGGUUCAAUUUUUUUUUCAUUUUAUAUUUUCAAAAUUUGCUAUUUACAGUAAUACCGUCAUUUUUAUCGUAUAAUCCGUUCGGAAGAUUUACAGAAUGUAAGAAUUUUUGUUGCGCAUUGUCAUAUGUUGCAAAUCUACCAAAUUAGAAUAGUGUUUUAAUGUGUUCAGAUUUCAUAGCCCAGCCAUGAUCCAAGGCAGAUUAUCUUUAAAUCUUUAAAGUAAAUAUAUAAAUUUCGAGCAAACGUUCCAUGAAAAAUCACAUAAACUUUACGAUUUAUUUCCGAAAUUCGUCUCUGAAUUUAUUGCAAUUUCAAAUCCAUUUCCUAAACUUUUGAAAUAAACAUACAUGUAGAAAUAAUGCACAAACCAAAACAUUGGAUAAUACUGUCUAUCAUCGUAUCAAACCAGGAUUUAUUAGUAUUAACCGAUCUUUGGUUUUCAUGAUAGGUUUAAGAUAUUAACUUCUUGUGGGUUUGUAUAGAGAUAGUUCUGUCUGUAGCAAAUGCUUUUUAUUUACCUUUUUUUAUUUUGUGGUGUUGGAUAGCGUUUUUUUUUCAACCCUUAAACCUUUGUUUAUAUUGAGCUGCAGUACAGCAGUAGGGCAGUUUAUGAUAGAUAAAAGUUAAUUUCGCUUGGGAAUCACAGAUCAAUCAAAAGCAGCUCUAUUCUCUUCGAUUUGACACAUACUGGGAGAGAGAUUAGACGCACAGUAAGGUUGCCAUUCUUCGAAUAUCUAGCGGCUUUUAUUUGUCUUCGGGCAAACUAGCCAUAUCCUGUCGAAAAUGUAAACUGUAUAAUAAAAUUUAUUGCUUUUGUUUGUGAAAAGUUCCUUUUGAAAUACAACGAGUGAUUUUGCAUUCAUGUGACUCGAACGGAAACGAUCGUAGCAUUGAGUAUGGUAUAUUUUUGUUUCCUUAUUCCGCAUUGGUCUAGACGUACUAGCGUUCGUGGUAGCAGGCAAGUGGCAUAUUAUUUGACUGGAUAUUCGAGGCGAUUUCUGCAGUAUAUAGACAGUUGUCGGAUUAUGAUUUCAUCUCAGAGUUUUCUCAAUUCUCAUUGGCCUCUGUCACCGACCUUAGCUACUAUAUAAAAGUACAUAGGCUAAAUUCUCUCGUACGAGAGCUGCGUGGGAGUGUUGAUUAGAGUUCGACUGGUCAAAUGAGAGCAAAAACAUCCAACAAUUCUCAUCAAAAUUUCAACCAACUUUGAAGUUGAUAAGAAUCGACGAGAAUGCAAGAGAACGCGAACCAAAAGUUGGAGCUCUCAUCAACUCCCAUCCCGUUUGAGCGAGGGUUUAUUUUAACACAGGACAAAUAAGGAAUAACCCUUCUGGGACAUCUGGAAGAACAGGCUGACCAGCUUAGAACUGCGGAUUCAGUUUUCUUGCCUGUGCCCUCUAUCAGUGACCACCACAAGGCACAAUAGUUCAAGUCAUAUUUCGCCAUUUUUGAAUUAUAGUUGUGCUGGGGAACAUCGCUGGAAAACAAUCUUUGUUUUGUAUACAUGUGGCCUAAAUUAGUGAUCUUUCAUUGUCAAAACAGUUAAUAACUUUUGAGAUAACAUUUGACCCACUUGAUACAAUGAAGAUAACAACAGUACCUGAUUGUCCGAGCCCUAUUAUCAAUACGUCAAUUUGCACUCUUCUCCUAACAAUAUUUGUUACUGCUGUCUGUAAUCUCUGUAUGUGAACGAGGUAGGGCAUAUAUAUUGAAGCAGCAUGCAUUAUAGAUUCUGUUGUGAUAAGCAUAUUUGGAGAUCAGGAAACAAUUGAGACAUCGUAUGUCACUGAAGAUCAACUAACUCUAUUUAUACUGGAUAACUCUAUCAGUUCUAAACUGUUCUCCCUAGAGGUCCAGUAAGAGUCAAUCUCUUAUUGAUCCAGUGUUAGUACUACAGGAGGAAACCUAAACUAAACUAAACUAACUUCACUUAUACUGGAUAGCUCUAUAACUUCUUAACUGUUCUUCCUAGAGGUCCAGUAAGGAUCAUAUCUUGUUGACCAGUGUUACUGCAGAAGGAAACCUAAACUAAACUAACUUUAUUUAUACUGGACAGCUCUAUCAGUUCUCGACUGUUCUUCCUAGAGGUCCAGUAAGGGUCAUUUCUUGUUGAAGUAGUGUUAUAUUAUCGUUAAUGCACACUUGAUGGUUCUACAGUAUAUAAGUCUGUACUUGUACGGGUUAUUUUCCCCAAAACUUGCCCCAGUCUGCAAAUACAUCACACUCUAAAAAUCUCGCAAUGAUCGAUGGGAUGCUUUAAUCAGAACAACACGACGCAAAGGCCCAUGGGAAUACCCAUACAUUACUUCAAAACAGUGUUUCAAAAUGAUGACUUCAGACUUCUGGAAAAUUUGAAUUAGUCGCAUUUUAUAGAGAAAAUAGUAUGACUAAAUAUUACUAUGAUAUUUAGAUAUGCAAUCUGCCCUGCAGUGAAAUAAGCCGCAAAAUACUUGAACGAUAUAACGACCUCGCUAAUUAUGUCAAAAAUACAAACAUGUGAGAAUAAUGGUGAACAGUGAUUAUAUUUUAAACAUAUGGAAUGCAGAUAACCCAUGAACACUCGUAUAAACAUAUACGUAUGUUAACCAACGAUCGAUUGAUAUGUUUACUUAAUGUGAUCAAGUAUUAAACCCCCCUCUUCCUCAGAGUGCCAGAGUUAUCAGUUCUGACAGUUCAGUUGACUCGACCAUUCCAAGGCCAGGGAGUUACCGCUUUGGUUGGUGAACUUCCCUAUAGUUGAAAAACUCGCGUGCAAGUCGUAGGGUUCAUUUCGUUAUUGUUACUGUGGACAUUUUAAGCUCUAGAUUAACAAAAUAAAGAUUUGAUGAGUGUUUCGACUAUGUUUUAACUUAAAUAGAAUACAUGAUAGUGUUGGGAAAGUAUUAAGAACAGCUAACCAAUGUCGCGUGACUACCAACUCUCAUGCAAUCUCUGGGCUUUAGGCCUUGGUUGUCAAGCACUUGUGUCAUGAGCCUUUACUUGGGGACAAAAACAAAUUAAAAUUGAGACAUUAUUAUGUCAAGAUAUUCCCAAGUAGGUCAUUAUGAACCCAUUAGUUAAGGCAUAACCACACACAGAUUUUUAUCUUUGACAACAAUGCAAUAUAUCGCAUUUAUUUUGCAAUAUGCGCGCAGCUGAUUAUAAUUUCACAAUAUUGUGAGAAGAUUGCUUCUAUAUGCUACAGCAUCGAUCUUUAUUCCACUUAUACAUGAUUGUAUCAGGAGUCUAGUACUUAGUUCUGUUCAUUUAAUUGGUUAGUUUAAGGAGUAAUCCUUACUGCGAACAGUGUAGAACUGAUAGAUGUUGAUAAGAGGUGGGGUGUGUGUGUGUGGGCGAGGGGGGGGGGGAGUUCACGUGUAAAUUUUAUUUUUUAAUGCCUUUCGUUAGCCUAUAAUCUCACCACUGAAAGUUCAAUAUAGAAAGACUCUUUUAAAACAACCGAUACAUACAAAGUAUUCACCUUCCCACUUCUCUCAAAUAAAUGCUAGUUCCCGGAAAAAAAUCCCUGCCAAUCACAGCUAGACAUGCGCUUAUCACGUGAGCUAAAUCGAUGCCGAAAAAGGAAAAAGUCGCUUCGCGGAAAAAAUACGCCUCGCGGAAAAAAAUACGCCUCGCGGAAAAAAAUUCGCCUCACGGAAAUCACGUUUCACGACACAAAAUCCCGUCAUUUCACAUUCCGUAAGAACAAAUAUUGGCAAUUCACGGCUUACGACACCCAGCUGUUUAGAACUAUAUCCAGACUAAAUAAGGUCAUAUGUGGUUCAAGUUAGGCUUGUUUAUACUACACAGUGUAACUUUGAAAAAGGUGUUUGCUACGUAAAAAACAAUGAGUCGAUUAUAUUACUGCGCGUGGAAAGGGAUAUUGCACAAAAUGUUGCGUUACCAAUUUAUUUUGUGACUAGACGAAAUGGAUAUGACUCGAUGUCGAAACAAAAUUAUAUUAGAUAAGGUUCUAACAUAUAUUAGUAGCGUAAUUAUUUAGAAGAUUCCAGAUGGAUUUGGCUCGUAUACCAUCGCGUGGGAACGAAUCGCAUGGAGUCUAUUCUGAUCGCGAUAUUGGCUACAUAUUUUACUCUUAAAAUGGACAUGCGACGAAAUUUCGAUAUUGAGAUUUUAUGCUCUGUUAUGAAGAUUUUAUCUCUCUGCGUAAAAUUCUGCCAAUCUUGUUGUAGCAGAAUUGUUGUAGCGCGAUUUUUCAGUUUUUGAAAGUUAACAAAACAGCCAAGGACAUUUCAAAAGAUAUGUAGACCAAAUAAGUCAAAAUGUUAUAGCGCUUCUAGUAUAAAUAUUUGCAAAACUUAAACUACGAUCAAAGUUAUCGGUCGGUGAAAAUCGAAAAAUCGCGCCGCGUUGUCGAAUCGCGUCCGGUGUGUCUGGCUGGGCCUUCACAUCUAUGUUCACAUGCAUGCAACAUCUACUAUAGCCGUAGGGUGCAGACUUUAAUUAGGUUUAAUUAAGCACUUUAACGAGUUGUGAUGUUUUAUAACCAUGUUUUCGCACUGAUGUUUCUUGAAGUCUCAUCGUUGAGCCAUUUCUAACUAGUUUUAAAAAAAUUUUUAAAGCCCAUUCAACUUCCAUAAUUACGAUUAUUAUACGACUGAUUAUUGUGCAGAUAUGAUCAAAUGCAUUUCACGUCAAGUGUUUCGCUUACCUAAUUACAUACUUAGCCUAGACUAUUUUAUCUUUACAACAAUUGUGAUGUUACUUUCUUAACCGUGUUUAUCCUAACCCACCCUGUCAACUUUCCCUGUGGGAGGAAACCAGAGAAAACCCAUGACUUUUGGCAAAGCGAUGACUCUUUUCACACGAGUCCGUAGCGAGGAUCGAAACCAAGAAAUCAGAAAGUGAAAGGCGCUUGUUUUGACGAUAGCCAUGUUUGUUUCUUCAAUAGUAUCUUUGAAGUUUGUCGGCUUGCGUAACCAUGUUAAUAAUAUAUUAACAGUGGCUCCAGUAAUUCUGUGAACGGUAUAUAUCUGCAUGAAAAUGCUAAAUAUGUUCAAGUGCUAUAUAUUCAUGUGAAUAUUAAGAUAAGUGUACACUAGCAUUUUGUGCUAUUUGUGGUUAAGACUUAAGUGUGUAUUGUCAACGUCAUCACUCAUUGCAAAGUCGAAAUAGAGUGAGAUUUAAACAAUUUAAACCUUUUUGUGCAUGUGUUCAUGCAUACAGCUUGAAACGGUUGUAAUGUGGAAUUAAUUUCAAAGCAAAAAUUUUUGAAAUUUUCUAAUUUCAAAGCCAAAACUCAAACCAGUAAACUCUAUAGAGCUUUAAGCACAAAAAGCAGAAUGGGGGCACGGAGCUCGUGUUUUGCAAUGCUGAUAUCAUAAUAUGGACCAAAUGGAAGAAUUAAGAAAAUUAAAUACGCUUAGCCUAUAAAGAGGUCACGGUUUUGCCAAUUGUGAAUUAUGAUUGAAUUAGCUGUAUAUGUGACGUCACAGUGAUGGGUUCGAUCCAAAUGACGCAUGCUGCGUCCCGAUAAACUGAUUGCAGUUGGAUUAUAACAUGGAGCUGAGAUUCACUGGAAAUAUAAAUCAUUCAAUGAUUUUUGUACUAGCAUAUUUUGUUUCUUGUGUAAAGCCUAUAUACGUUUCCAUAUUGUCGUAUAAAUGGUCGUAAAAAUAGAGUCACGAUCUUUCUCAACGGCCAGUUUAUAUUAGUUUACACCUGUAAACCACAUAUAAAUCAUAAGUAUUCUAUAGUUAUAAUCACUCCGCGUAUUUUCAGUUUUGAAAUGUUGUAUUUCGGCUGAUGAGAAAGAUCGUGAUUCAAUCUUUACGACCGUAUAUGGAGACCAUAUGGAAACCAGGCUGCAAAAUAAAUCAAGGUACACUUGAGGAAUAUAUUUUCUUAUUUGAAGCAAAUCAACCGGAAACAGAUUGUUUUUUUGGGCAACUUUUUGCAUAUUUAAAUUUGAUAAUUGAACAGUUGAAACCUUGAUAUGCAUAUUCUAAUUCAGUCUCAGCUGCAUGUUAUAGUUCAACUUAAAUUGAGCGCGACAUAUUAGUUAUAAUCGCUUCAGAGUGGGGCCAAAAAUCAACAUGUUAUUUUUUAUCUGAUCGUUGCUAUUUAUAAAUAUUAUAAACACUUAAAUUAAGUAGCCCCCCUUUGGGUAAUUGAGACUAAAUUGAUCGACUUCCUGGCUUAGAGGAAUUUUUAACUAUUUUCCUAAGUGUUUAUCAAGCUAUUAUGUACUCUAAUAAUUGUUCAAAUAUAUUACGGAUUUAGUAUUAAAAUGGCUUGCCGGUAAUUUGAGCCAGCAGUGCAAUUGACGGUUGUGAAAACAUGGCCUUUUUAGUUGUGCAAAUUAAUUGAUCAAAUCGCAAAUGCAUUUAGGAAACACUUUGUGGGCUCUUAACAUUAAAUAGGGGCGGCACUUAACAUUAAAUAGGCCCCCUUCAGCGUCACAUGCAAGUCUGACCAUGAUUCCGAAUAAAGGUUUUUUCGAACGAUAGAAAAGGUGUAAAAAUCACGUGUUCUAAAACUGACUCAUUUCGUUCGAAAAUUAGUCCAUCUAAUAAAAACCCGUCUGUUUCAAUACACCCUUUCGAUAAUUACGUCACAACUACUCUUUUUUCUACUUAGGACCAUCUUAAAUGGAAAGGAUUUCAAGUUGUUUUUUUCUCAUGGGCUAUGCACAGAGAUGCAGAACAUUCUUCUUCAACACAUGCAUGAAAAAAAAUUCUUUAUUUUGACCAAUAAAUGUGGAAAUAAGCUUUAACACGAAAACGAGGCCCCAGGUCAUGACUUGGGGCCUCGUUAUCGUGUUAAUGCUUAUUUCCAUAUUUAUUGAUCAAAAUCCAAAAUUUUUUUCAUGCAUAUAUUGAAGGAUGUUCUGCUUCUCUGUGCAUAGCCCAUGAGAAAAAACAACUUGAAAUCCUUUCCAUAUAAGAUGGUCCUAAGUUGAAAACAGUGUAGUUGUGACGUAAUUAUCGCAAGGGUGUAUUGUAUCACAUUUCCGUCAAAUAUUUCAGAAAUCCUUCAUUUUGUCAUUUGUGUUGAAGAUUACCACAAACUGUCACAAACAGUUUUCAGUCCAGUCCCCCCUCGGCAAUCUGACAUCCGUGUUGACAAAAAUGUCGCUUCUAACCCAAAGAAGACAUCCAUCCUUUUAAUCGUAUUUUGAAUUUCUAGGUGACAUUCACCAAAAGAAAGUUUGGUCUGAUGAAGAAGGCGUACGAGCUUAGCAUUCUGUGUGAUUGUGAAAUAGCCCUGAUCAUUUUCAACUCUAGUAACAAACUGUUCCAGUAUGCUAGCACUGAUAUGGACAAGAUAUUACUCAAAUAUACCGAGUAUAAUGAACCGCACGAAAGCAGGACGAAUAAUGAUAUUUUGGAGGUAAGGACGAUCUCUCUCUCUCUCAUCAGUGUAAUCACCAUCAUUGUGGCCCCUGUGUUGGAAAAUUGAAUUUAAAUUGUUCGUUUAGACUAUUUCAAAGAAGGAGAAUAAGUCAAUGCCAUCACCUGAUGAUUCAGAGAAGGUUAGAUUUUGUUCAAGAAAGGAAACGUUUUGUGUUGGUCUUGCAGUUGAAGUUUACAUUUGAAUAUUUGUGAAACCGUUCUCUUCUUCUAAAAUUCAGCAGUUUAUUCUGACUCCUGGAACUGAAGCAAAGUAUAAGAAGAUUAAUGAAGAAUUUGAUUUGAUGAUGAGGAAGAACAGACUUAAUCCAACAUCUGUAAGUUUGUAAAAAAGCCGGGAUUGAAUUCGUAGUUGUUCAAUAUGAAAACUUUGUCUGACAAUAUUCAAUCUUUCUUUCUUUCUUCGUUUCAGACUGAUGGUUUUAAUAGUGUGCCAGUGGCAGUUCCUGUUUCGCAAAAUGACCAUUCACAAUCUGGUUCAUAUAACACUGGUCCUAGUCACCCCAGUAAUCAAGGCACACCUGGACCAAACAAUUCUGGCUUGCUGUCUCCCCCGCCUCCACAAUCUGGAAGGCUGUCAGCUGGGCCACAAUCCGGAAGAUUGUCAGCUGGGCCACAAUCCGGACGAUUGUCAGCUGGGCCACAAUCCGGACGAUUGUCAGCUGGGCCACAAUCAGGGGGAGGUAUGCAUCGAAUUACAGGUUAGAGCUGUGGCGAUGUUGCUUAUGAUGAUGUAUGUGUGACUGACAUUUGGCGACGUACGGAACGUUUUACUUAAACCUAACUGGACGAACCUAGUACAUACUUUGGACAAAUUACAUUGAUGGGAUAUGCAUGAUAGAAUACGUAAAAGUGUUCAGCGUAUUUACACUGCCACCUCGACUACCACAACUUUUGCCUGAAACUGUCGCAUGGAACCUUCUUACAACUUGAGUUGCACUGUGUAAAUCAAACAUACAACUCACCCACGACAAUGUUAGCGAGUUGUGUGAUUGAUUUACACAGUACAACUCAGGGAUGCCGGAAGAUCGAUAAUAGCGGGUGCAGAUAUUCAUAUAUUCGUGUUCACAGACUGUAAAAACAAUCGAUUUCAAAAGAAAUUAAUUGGGCAGAACAGGAAUAUAUGAAUAUCUGCACCCGCUAUUAUCGAUCUUCCGGCAUCCCUGGUACAACUCAAGUUGUAAGCAGGUUGCAUGCGACAGUUUUAGGCAAAAGUUGAGUAGUCUAAAUCGACGUUUACACGCUGCAAUUUGUCGUGCACGAUUUGUAUUCGCCAGUAUGAAAAUUACUGCUGAGUGCUGACGCGACCACUAAAUUUACGCAUGAUUAUUCGAUUGCACAGAAUACCAAUCGUACACGACAAAUGGCAGCAUGUAGACGUACCAAAGGCGUGUUUGUCUUUUGCGACUUUGCGUGGGUGGUCAUUCGCUUUUGUCAUGGGGAGAAAACCACUGAGCUAUUACCUAUACUGUAUCUGGACUGAGUGCUAAACGUGUCCUGGUGCUUGCCUUAUAUGACGUCAGCAGGAAAUGCUCAACAGUCAACAUUGCAUAAUGAUGAAAAGAAAGUCUGACAAAAAAUCCUGUCUGGCCUCAUAUAAAAGACAUAAAAAAGCCAAAAUCCGACUUUCAUCUGAUUAGUCUGUCAGAAAAAAAUUUAAUCAGUGUCUUUAUUGGUUAGUGCUAAUUAGAUUGUAGUAUUUAUUAGCAGUUUUAACUAUAAUUAGAUUGUUGUUGUUUAGUUAUGCGAUAAAUAUAAACUUUAUAUUGAUUGGAUACUAAAUAUAAACUUUACUGUGGGACUGCAUACAUUUCUCGUGGUCAUUGAGCGCUCAGUCCAGAUUAAAGUAUAGGUCAGUAGAAAAAAACUCCCCGGAUGGGAAUUAUAGUUAGUGUUAAUAUAUGCAGUAUUGGGACUAGAUUUUAAGAGUUACGGCUCGUUUGUUUUGAAGGGGCAUUCGGAUAAAGUAUUAAUAUAUAAAUAAAAAAUAAAUAAAAUUAAACAAAUAACAAAUUAGUCAAACAAAAAUACAAUGGUAUAGAUAAGACGGGAAUCGGUUAUAUUAAUCUAUGUUCUAAAAUAAAUUAUUAAUUGUUAUCGUUAGUCGUGCUAAAAUUUAUAAAAAAAAUUAAACUAAAAAGAGCUCAAUGAAAUAAUGGGAAAAGCGAGUUAAACUUGAAUUGGUUAUAAAUGGUUUUAUAUUAAUCUGUGAAAUAAAUAUUAUUAUGGUAAUAUCAAUGUUUCUAUAGGGAAACUUGUAAUUUAAAUAUUGUAUGAAGUUUUAAAUAAAUUAUUUUUAUCUAUAUAUAUAUAUAUAUAUAUAAAGACUGGUAUUUUCCAAAACCGCGGAUCUUCGAAAAAACGUGUCUUGUUUUCGUCUCGCAUUCCCACGCCUAUUAUUGCUAAAAUGUCAAAGUCGAUUUUACGACUUUGAAUGUUUUGACACGAAAACAUGACACGUGUUUUGGGCGAGAGGAAGGAUCCGCGGUUUUGGUAAUAAUUCCUUUGUAUUUGCCGGUGACACUGGCAGCUUGGAAGAGUGAAUGUCAUGAUAUGUUUGCACCAAAACACCAACAAUUACAACAAGAUCUAGAACAACUACGACGACAGCAACAACAACGACGACGACAAUAACAAUAACAACAACACCAACGACGACGACGACAACAAUAACAACAACAACAACAACACCGACGACGACAACAACACCGACGACGACAACAACACCGACGACGACACCAACACCGACGACGACGACGACAACAACAACAACGACGACGACGGCAGCAACAACGACGACGACAGCAACAACAACAACAACAACAACAACAACGACAGCAAAAAUACCAACAACGACAGCAAUAAUACCAACAACGACAGCAAUAAUACCGACAACGACAGCAACAAUACCAACAACGACAACAACAAUACCAACAACGACAGCAAUAAUACCGACAACGACAGCAACAAUACCAACAACGACAGCAACAAUACCAACAACGACAGCAAUAAUACAGACAACGACAGCAACAAUACCAACAACGACAGCAACAAUACCGACAACGACAGCAACAAUACCGACAACGACAGCAACAAUACCGACAACGACAGCAACAAUACCAACAACGACAGCAACAAUACUAACAACGACAGCAACAAUACCAACAACGACAGCAACAAUACCAACAACGACAGCAACAAUACCGACAACGACAGCAACAAUACCGACAACGACAGCAACAAUACCGACAACGACAGCAACAAUACCAACAACGACAGCAAAAAUACCAACAACGACAGCAACAGCAACAAUACCAACAAUGACAACAACAAUACCAACAACGGCAACAACAAAUAACAACAACGGCAACGACGACAAUGCCAAUGUAUGGUUGAUUCAUUAUGCCCGUUGUCCUCACUCUGCACACAAGUUCGCAUAAUUAAACAUGAACAAAAAGAUUGAGCAAAGAUGUUGGCUAUGAAUUCACGUAUCAUCUUAGACCUUCCAUAUAAGGGUAUCAACAACGAUCGUUAUUUUACUUGAAUUAUUUUUCUUUUACCCCCUCAGGUGCUACCAGUCCUGGUGUUACUACAUCAAUGAAUUCUUCAUUAAAUAAUUCAAACAAUUCUGGAGGCUCUUCCAUGUCAAAAAGGCCAGACCUAAAGGUUGUCAUUCCUAACACAAGAAAUCCAUUGGUAAGUAGCUU